AGUAAGACUUGGUAUCUCCAUGAGUUGUCUCACCACAGGAUGUUUACACUUGGAAAUCUGGGAACGCUCGCGAAACACGAAGGCCAUAAAUGACCGCCGAAGGGUCUAGGAUGAUGAGCCGUGGCGACGCAACGAGCGAGCCGACGGCGAGGCGGUGAACGUGCAACGGAGUGCGCGAGAUUGACGGGUCGCUGUCAAUCGCUGUGCGAGUCCCGGCUCAAUCGAGGAUCCCGAUUCGUUCGACCGAAUGCCGAACGUUGCCUCUCUCGUACAUACGUACAUACGUAUUCGGUCCCGUGAAUAAAUUAUGAGCGUGGACAGCGAAAGCAAGUCGAGCGAGGCGCGAACGAUCGUGCCGUACAGCGCGGAGAACGGCACCGACGGGGAUGUCGAGGGCGGUCCGAUAACGCCGGAGAUGGUGCUCCGAUUACCCACUAUCACGGACAAGUACCUCUGUUCCCCUGAAGCCAACAUCUAUGACAUAGACUUCACGAGAUUUCAGAUCAGGGAUUUAGAAACUGGUGCUGUGCUCUUUGAGAUAACAAAGCCUCCUGCUAGUGAAUGUGACACUCACCACGAGCCAGAGCCAGACUGUGAAGAAAUUGGAUCUGAAGAUGCAAAUACGGGACGCUUUGUGCGGUAUCAAUUCACACCGCAAUUUCUGAAGUUAAAGACGGUCGGGGCAACAAUCGAGUUUCUGGUGGGGCCUAAGCCGAUUAAUAACUUCCGGAUGAUAGAACGGCACUUUUUCCGUGACAGAUUGCUAAAAACCUUUGACUUUCAAUUUGGAUUUUGCAUACCAAAUAGUAAAAACACAUGUGAACACAUUUAUGAGUUUCCAACGUUGCCUGCAGAUCUAGUUUCCGAGAUGAUUGCAAAUCCAUUUGAAACGCGAUCAGAUUCGUUUUAUUUCGUUGACAAUCAGCUUGUGAUGCACAAUAAGGCUGACUAUGCAUACAACGGUGGACACACAACGCACGACGUAUUGUAAUGCGUGGUUUGUUGAUUAGUAUUAUUGCAAGUGAUAUAUAGGAUUAUAGUGUAUCACAACUAUGUGUUAUAGCAACGAUGAAUCAGUCCGCACGUUCGGCUAGCGUUUGACGCUUUGUCUUUCGGCAUAAAAAAAACGAGCUUAAAAAUUUCACGGAUCACCACUGAUCUCUGAACACGCGAAUCGUUGCAACGGAAACGCUUUAAUGCUAAACUUAAUUUGUUGACAAAUUGAAUAGUUCCUAUUUUUCUUCAGUAUAAAAAAAAUUGUUAUUUAUUUAUAAAUUACCAAAUCAGAGUGCAUUUAGUUUUAGAGAAUAUUUCAAUGAUGAUCUGUCCUUAAAUGAUACAUUUGCUAACAAGUAUCGUGUUAUUUAAGCACAUACAGCACAUUGAUAUGCGUGGCCUCUAAAUGGAAUUACAUCCAAUUCAAUGAGCUCCCUAAUGUUUGAAAUACAGCCUAUACAAUUUUCACAGCGAUAUGUGCGAUGAAGGGUAAACUGAAUCAGAUAGGAAUUGCGUUUUUCGACGCUCAAUGGCGCUUUUUCGCCGCUAUCACAUAACUUGCAAUUUCUCUUCAUUCUUACACAAACCAUGUAUUAUUUGAAUACUUUUCACAUUGUUCUGUAAUAUUGUGAAGUUCAUCCAAAAUACACGUAUAUAUUUACAAAG